AUGGAAAACGACGACGUUGAAAUGCUUGGUGCAGAUAGCAACGAAGCUGGCUUGGAGUUGGAUGACAUGAAGAAGCGCUUGAAGGAAAUGGAAGACGAAGCUUCUGCUUUGCGAGAGAUGCAGGCCAAGGUCGAGAAGGAAAUGGGAUCUGUGCAAGUUCCUGCUACUGCUGCUGCAAGUCAGAACAAUAAAGAGGAAGUAGAUUCUCGAUCAGUCUUUGUCGGCAAUGUGGACUAUUCAUGUACUCCAGAAGAAGUGCAGCAGCAUUUCCAGUCAUGUGGAACCGUAAACCGAGUCACCAUCCGAACUGACAAGUUUGGCCAACCAAAAGGCUAUGCUUACGUAGAGUUUCUUGAAGUAGAGGCUGUCCAUGAAGCUCUUUUGCUGAAUGAAUCUGAACUGCACGGACGUCAAUUGAAGGUUACUGCUAAGAGGACCAACGUACCAGGAAUGAAGCAAUUUCGUCCUCGCCGGCCUAAUCCUUACCAGGGGUUUCGAGGCAGAGCCCCAUAUGCACCUCCUUUUGCUUAUGCUCCUUUUGGAUAUGGGAAAGUUCCAAGGUUUAGAAUGGGGAUGCGCUAUAGCCCCUACUAUUGA